UGACAGACAGCAACAGUCCAAACUGACCAAACCGAAACUUACACUGAAGAGUUCCUCCGAACUGCACUGGGAAAGAAAAAGAAGAAGUUGAGGAAGUUGGAUUAACUGAUUGAGGAUCUGUUUUUGGUUCUGGGGGUCACUAUGAAAAGCCCGGAUCUGUUCCUGCUGGCAUGUUGCUUAUGCAGCCUGAGUGCACUGGGAGGUGCCUCUGACAUUGAGCAGGCUCUGAUGAAGAAGAUCUUCGUCAACUACAACCUUAAGGUUCGCCCAGCACUCAGCCCUGAAAAGAGGGUGGUGGUUCGUGUGGGUAUGGUCCUCUCUUCCUUCGUUGGACUGAAUAUGAAAAAUGAAGAAAUGAGUACAAUUGUUGUCAUGAAUCUGGAAUGGACAGAUCAUCGGUUGUCAUGGAAACCCAAGGAACAUGAUGGGAUUGAGGUGUUGCGUAUUCCUGCUGGAAAGGUCUGGCUGCCUGACAUUGUCCUCAUCAAUAAUAAUGAUGGGGUGUUUGAUGUGGCCCUUCAAGUUCAUGUUCAGGCUUAUUCUAACGGCAGAAUAACCUGGACUCCCCCUGCACUCUACUUGAGCUCCUGUGGAGUUAAGGUAACUUACUUCCCAUUUGACUGGCAGAAUUGCACCAUGCAGUUCCGCUCCUACACGUAUGACUCAACAGAGAUCGAGAUACAGUACGCACUGGAUGCAAAAGGCAAUGAGAUACGGGAAAUCCAAUUGGACGAGGGUUUCAGUGAGAGUGGCGAGUGGCACAUCAGACACAAGCCGAGCAAGAAGAACAUGAAUGAUGAUCAGUAUGAGGACAUGACCUUCUACCUGAUCAUCGAGAGGAAGCCUCUGUACUACGUCUUGAACAUCAUCCUCCCUUGCAUCCUCAUCACCAUCAUUGCCAUCUUUAACUUCUACCUGCCUCCUGAUGCAGGAGAGAAGAUGGGUCUAUCCAUCAACGUUUUGCUCACCCUCACUGUGUUCUUGCUGCUGCUGGCUGACAAAAUCCCUGAGACCUCACUGGGUGUUCCUAUCAUCGUCAAUUACAUCAUGUUCACCAUGAUCCUGGUCACCUUCUCUGUCAUCCUCAGCGUGGUCGUGCUUAACCUGCACCACCGCUCCCCAAACACCCACCAGAUGCCCAUGUGGGUCCGCAAGAUCUUCAUCCACAUGCUGCCUCCUUACCUGGGCAUGCUGCGGCCGAAGGUGGAGACCCCCCUGUCCCUAGAAACCCUGCCCCGUCGGGUGAAAAAUGUGUGCGCCAUCAGCAAAGUUUCUGAUGAAUACUUCAUCCGAAAGCCUGAUUGCUCCUUCUUGUUCCCCAAGCCUAACAGGUACCACCCAGAGGGCAUGUGUACCGACCUGAGAAAGUUUAUCGAUGGACCCAGUAGCUACAUUACACUACCUGAUGAGCUCAAGUCAGCCAUAGAGGCCAUCACGUAUAUCGCCGAAGCUCUGCAGGCUGAGAAGGACUAUGAGGCUCUGAAAGAGGACUGGCAGUACGUGGCCAUGGUGGUGGACCGCAUGUUCCUCUGGAUCUUCGUUGUCUUCACAACUGUGGGCACCUUGGCUAUCUUCGCCGAUGCCAGCUUCAACCACACACCUACUGACCCUUUCAAAUCCCCCUGAAACAUUGGGACAUUUUGUUUCCUUGACCCAUCAUCUUCUUGAUGUACCAUCUCAAGAAAUAGGGAAGAAGAAGUCACUGUAUUAUACGAGUGUAGCUCAACAUAGGCCCUUCAUGCCAAGAAUUUUGAAAUGUUUACUUGUAUAUGCACUUAUGCAAAUGGGGAAUGAUGGAAAUACACUUCAUGCUCCUCACAUGUUUUCUGUCAACUUUUGUCUUGGAAAAGGAAACAGUACAAGUGUAAUUAUAGUGAUGGGUUGAAUGUUUGUGCACUGCUCUGACUGGCAAACCCUAAAGAACCUCGAGAUGUUGGACUUUAUUCAUUUGCAUAAUGUUUAAACAGUGUAAAUUCUUGACAUACACAUUGACAAUAUUUCAUUAUAAUGUUUCCAAUACAACACCUUCAUUCUUGGUAAUACAGAAGGCAAAUCAACCUUCUCCUUGUGCAACCAGUUCUUGCCACCACUUUUUCAAGAGCAAAGUUGACAAAUUUGGCAUACAAGGUCAGUUUUUGGACUAACUCUUGAACAGAAGGGCAUGUAUCUUUAUUCUACCUACACAUAGAGCAGAGCAUGUGUUUGACCAGUUGAGGUUUGUCAAAUAGUAUGCCGUCAAGAAUUCCUCCAAGCAUUCAGACUUCAUUUGCAAAAUAAAUGCAAAUGAAUGAACAUCUUGAGGUUUCUCGGCUGAAUGAGCAACAGUGCUCAAGAACUUCUCGGCCUGCUGUACUGUUGCCUUAAUUAUAGGGGAAUUAAAUAUUUGAGCAGAUCUCUUGACACUCUGCCUGUGUUUGUCAUAUUUGCCAUACACUGUUGAAAAUGCUGAAAACCACAGCUACUGUAUAUGUGCAAGUAUAUUGAUUAUUGCAUGUAAUAUACCAAUCUAAGCAAUGUUAUGUGUGAAUCUAGUGUUUGUUUUUUUUAACUGUACUUGCUACAGUGCGAGUCUGAAGAGUGUGGAU